AUGACUCUUUACUCGGAUCCUCCCCCAUGGCGUGCCUUCAGCUCCGACAAGCCGACCUUGCUGGUGUGUUGGUGGAUCACCAUAUUCUGUGUCGUCCUGAUCCUGCUGCGCUUGUGUGGCCGGUUCGUCCGGACCGAGACGUUGUUCAGCGAGGACAAGACGGCCGCUCUGGCUUUGGUGCCGUUGUUACUGCGCAUGGGUUGCGUCCACUUUAUCUUGGUCCAUGGGACGAAUAAUGCCGACUUAUCGGGUGUGCGGCUUUCGGAGGAGCAUAUUAGAAGGAAGACAAUUGCGAGUGGCUUGGUGCUGCUCAGCAGGGUGCUUUAUGCCUUGACGCUAUGGAUCCUCAAAUACGCCAUCCUGGAAUUCUUUAAACGGCUCAAUGUUAGCUGGGAGCGUUCCUAUGAAAUAACCCUCGUCUUCAUUCGGGUUACCCUCGUCACCACCUUCCUCGCCGUCAUCAUCUCCGAUGUCGUCGAAUGCCGGCCCUUCCACAUGUAUUGGCAAGUCCUACCAGACCCUGGGCCCCAAUGCCGCCAAGGCUACGCCCAGCUCAUCACCAUGGCCGUCUGCAAUAUUAUUACCGACCUCCUCCUCGUCUUCUUCCCCAUCCCCAUGAUCAUCCGUUCCCAAAUGAGCCUGACCCGCAAGAUCCAGCUGGUCCUGCUCUUCUCCCUUUCCCUUGGCGUCGUCGGCGUGACCGUCUACCGCGUUCCGCACAUCCUCCGCGCUCACGGCUCCCAACAGUCCCGUUCUUUAUACGCCUCGGUCGAACUCUUGUUCGCCACUGCCGCCUCCAACGCCCUAGUUCUCGGCUCCUUCGUCCGCGACCGUGGCGUCAAAAAGCGCAAGUACAAAUACGGUUCCAUUGCCGCAGGCAGUCUUGAACGCUCCCCCGGCUCCGGCCCCGGCGGCUUGGGCGUCGCUCCCAACGUCCGUCGCUCAACCCUGCGCCACUGGGGUUCCGACGAGGACCUGGUCCGUGACGUCGGCUACGGCGUCAAGCCCGAUUUGCGCGAACGACCAAUCCCCUAUUCGGACGGAAGCGGCGGAGGCGGUUAUUACACCCCUGCCCCUAUGGCCCAGAUUCACCACCACGACAGUGACGCAGUUCACUCGUGGAAUUUCCCGCCAUCCUCUUCAUCCCAGGCUCGCUCCACCGCCCGCAGCGACGACUACCUGAUGUCCAUGUCAGGCCAACUAAGCCAACCCGGCUCACCGUGCAACUCUUCCCACAACCACAGCGACCUCCCCGUUCUGGCCUCACCCCGCCGCGUCUCCUUCUUUGACUAUGGCGGCCUUCUCUCCGACGAACCUACGCGUGGUCGACGAGAGUCAUCGGUCUCUACAACCGUCGAGCCACCGCGUCCCAACACGGUUCCCGUGCCCGCCGUGCCCGCCAGUGCUAAUGGGUUGCGCCGAGGAUCGGCAGCGUUGCUGCAGGAUUUAGGAGGCUUUUUAUCUCCAUUGACCUUGGCGGCUGUGCCGAAAUCGGUUCGCAAGAGGAGUUCAAGUACGGGACGAGGGAGGGGAAGGCCGAAGAGUACGAGUGAUUUGGAGAGUAUACCGCAGAUGCCAGGGGAGCAGUGGGGGCACGGAGAGGAAUUGCCUACAUAUUCGUCUGAGGAGAGGAGGCAUGGCCAAGGCCAGGGUCAUGAUCUGGAGUUGGUGGAUGUCGGCGGUUUGUUGACGAAUUUGAAAGAGCCGAUUGAAGGGCCGCCGAAGAGGAGUAUAACGCAAUGA